AUUUAUAAUUUCAUUGAGGCAGUAUAUUCUUUUUAUAAGAUUGGCGUAGUUUUAAAAGUGCAGUUUUUAAUAUAUUUAAAAAAAGGGCAUUUCUACAUGACACGACACACACCUUAUACACAGCAUCGAGCGCCACCUGCCGACACUCAAAGCUUUUCAAAAGCUGUUCCUUGAUUGUUAUUUGGUAUUGAUUGUUGACCCAUCAAAGGCGCCAGUUUCCGUUUCCCUGGCAACAGUUCAACGGGCGAAUCAAUUACCGUUUGUUUGGCGCUGUCAUAGGAAGGUGUCAGAUUUUCACACCAACUUUUGGCCCUGAUUGUAACUACUGGGAGAAGCUCUAUGGAAACGUCGAGCGUGCUGAACAACAUCCUCGCCGUGGACAAGGAGCAGGAGCUUCUGCAGAGCUUCAUCCGGACGGGCGCCAAUGCAGACGAGGAGUCCUUGGACGAGUCGCACAAAAGGUCAAAGGGUCGCGGAAGUCGCAGCUCCCACAAGCCGCCCAUAUGGGAUCGCCGCGAGUCGCGCGGCGGACGCAGGUCGUCGGGCGAUCGUGCGGGGCGUGGCAAGCAGGCUGAAGACGGUGGCGACGGUGCCGGAGGCAAGCGCGGCAACCGCAUCGAGGCAGAGCUACGGGCGGCCCGAAAACGCAUCGAGGAGCAGAUCGCCAAGAAGAAGAAGCCCAAGGAGAACUUCGUGGACUUCUACACGGACAAGGAUCGAGCGGCUGCCGUUAGCGCCGGGGCUUUCGACAUCAAACAGAGUCUGCAGAUCAAACAGAAGCAGGACCGCAACGAGGCGCUACUCAUACCCGACGAGGCAGACAUAAGUUCGGUCAUAGCUCUGGGGCUCAAGGAGAUCAAGAAUGCCAAUCCCGAGAAUGCCAUCCACUUCUUCUGCAAGGCUCUGGAGCUGAACAGCACGGACAUCAAUUCCUUGAUAUCGCAGAAUCAUAGAUAAUGACCAUAUCUAUCAGAUGGCUGAAUCUGGAUCA